UUUACGGAAAUACAUACGUUACUGCUUAAACGCGGCGUUGGAUGCUGUAGCGGGAAGCAUUGUUUGUCCACAAAGGCAGAAACUUUAGAAUUUAGUCGGUUCACGCUGUUUCGAGGUGGGUUGUGUUCAUUUACUACCCGCGUUUUUUCAAGUACGUUUGGGUUAAGUUGUGUCUGUGAAGCCAUCUUAUACAACACGCAGCGUAGAACGCGUUUGUGGAGGUAGUUGCUCAUCGAACUUAACACAAAUCAGAGCUGCGUGGUUUCCGGGACGCGGGGUCUGCGGUGGACAUCAGCCCCAAGAUCGUCAACACGUGCGUUACUAAACAGAUAGAGAGCGAGAACCACAACAAAAGGAGAUGUCGGCGAAGGUAUUAUGUUCAGUGAGGAGCCUUUGCCCAAAGAUGCCAACAUGCAGCGUUUGAAUGGACCAGGAUCGCUCCAUCUCAUGUCUUGGACUGCUUUUGGACAGGAAGCGUCAUGUUUUCUAACAGAGGAACCGUGUGGAGGCCAUCACACAUGGGCUUUUGAACUGUAAGAGGACGAGCCUCAACUUCCUAACGUGCUUGUGUCUCGGUGUCGGCGUUGGAUAAUGUAAGAGUGACUGUGAAUCUGUGCCAAGGUCCAAUAUUCACAUUUUUGUUUCGGACAAACUGCCAGAAGAGGCCGUGACUCCUGGUGAAUUCAGAGUCGGGCUUCAAAGAUGCUGCAGACUAGUAACUACUCACUGGUGCUGCUGAUCCAGCUCACACUUUUGGCCUAUGACCUCUUUGUCAACUCCUUCAGUGAACUUCUGAGAGCGGCACCUGUCAUCCAGCUCGUGCUUUUUGUCAUCCAAGACAUUGCCAUUUUGUUCAACAUGAUAAUCAUCCUCCUGAUGAUGUUCAACACCUACGUGUUCCAAGUUGGCCUGGUGUCCCUGCUGCUGGAGAGAUUCAGGGCUCUGCUGAUAUCCUCUGCUCUCUACCUGACUCUCAGCAUCUGUUUCCACUGCUGGGUGUUGAAUCUUCGAUGGCUUGAUUCAAACCAUUUUGUUUGGACAGAUGGCCUUCAAGCCCUUUUUGUUUUCCAGAGAACAGCGGCGGUGUUGUAUUACUACCUAUACAAACGAACAGCAGAGUUCAUGGGCGACCCAAGGCUGUAUGAGGACUCUAUGUGGCUGCGUGAUGCCUUUGCUAGGGCUCGUCAGUGACAAAGAGUCUUUUUUUCAGAGAGCUGAAGAUUCUGCCACGAACGAUACUUCUGACAUAACAGAACAUCAGGAACCAUCAUCAGUUUUUUUUAAACUAUUAUUGUCUUAAGGCUGGACAUUUGUCAAGCUUAACACUAUUGCACACAUGGAACAAUGCAGUGCACUAAUGCUGAACACUCAUGGAACUCAUCAACAGAUAAAGUGGAUAAAGUGAAGUCUCAACUGCCGCGUGUUAGCUGGCUCUUUGUAGCCAAGUGAGCAGCGGGUUAAAAGGUUUACAGUGGCAUGCGAGCCAGGCAUGGCAUGAGUAGUAUAGUAUUAAUCUGGACUGAGUCUGUUAAUCUACGUGGCCUUUGUAAAUUUAAUUAAAUUGAGUUGCAGACAGAAAGAAAGGGAUAUGUUAUCUCUCGCUGAGAUGCAGGCAUCACUUUCCAUUGCAUGUUUGUAAACAUUGUAGAUUGUGUAUUGUGUAUUCAUACUUUUGAUUGAAAAUAUUUUUACUCCCCUGCAAUGAAAGACAACACCUGGUUAUUUUGCCUUAUGUAAAUUUAGUAUAAACUCUUACCAUGAUUGUUUAAAAGCCAAUUUACAUCCUGCCAUCAUUAUGUGGGGAUCUUUGAAUUGUGUUCAUGUUGUUUUUAUUAAAUAAUCCUGCUGUAA